CCCAAAUCUAACGAUCCGAAUUUAGAGAGAGAAACACAAAGACAAGAGAAAACAAAGUGCGAGAGAGAAACGUUCAUUCGUUCAAUAGAGUGGUUUUUUCUUCUUUUUCUCACAUCCCAAACAAUCGUCUAUCUCUGCGCUAAAACAUUCGUUCGAGUAAUAGAUUCUUUCCGUGUCGUUCCCUUUUCUGAUCAGAACGGUGCUGCUUUGGUGAUUAGGGUUGUUUUAUGGGGCUUGGGAACGACGAUGUCGUGGUGGUUGAAGAUGGCGCCGAAGACGGUGAUGGUGGAAACGGAGUCAAAGGUUUUGUGUCGGUCUCGUGCUCGAUUUGCCUCGAGAUUGUGGCCGAUGUAGGGGAUAGAUCUUGGGCCAAGCUUCAAUGCGGCCAUCAAUUCCAUCUUGAUUGCAUUGGUUCAGCAUUUAAUACAAAGGGUGCAAUGCAGUGCCCUAAUUGUAGGAAGAUUGAGAAAGGCCAGUGGCUUUAUGCUAAUGGCUCUCGUUCUUUUCCCGAGUUUAGUAUGGACGAUUGGACCCAUGACGAAGAUCUUUAUGAUCUAAGCUACUCUGAAAUGUCAUUUGGGGUUCACUGGUGUCCAUUUGGUAGCUUAACGCGACUUCCUUCAUCAUUUGAGGAAGGGGAAUUUUCGUCAAGUGCAUAUCAUGAUCUACUGGGACAACAUGCAAUCUUCGCCGAACAUACAACUGUAUCGUCUGCUACUCAGCCAUGCCCAUAUAUUGCUUACUUUGGACCAAUCCAUCCAUCAUCCUCAAAUUCCAACGGAACAGUUACAGAGGCUUCUAACUUAAACAAUCUUUGGGGCCCAUCUGUACCUAGUGAGAUACAGACUUCUUAUGCUUUUCCUGCCAUGGAUCUUCCUUAUCAUAGUUGGGAGCACCAUUCCUCUCCCUUCCCUGGCACCAAUAAUCGUAUUGCUGCUUCUGAUCAACCUUCCAUCCUGCCCGUUACUCAAAGGUCAGCAAGGACCAGCUCUGACAUGCAAAGGCCAGGUUUUAUGCACCCGUUCCUCGUUGGUCACAGUUCUGCUGGUAGACCAGGGAGCUCAGUGGCUUCUUCAAUGAUUCCUCCUUACCCAGGCAGUAAUGCCCGAACCCGCGAUAGAGUCCAAGCUCUCCAGGCAUAUUAUCAGCAACAACAACCGAGGAAUUCAACAUCCGUACGUAUACCCGUCAUUCCUGGCACCCGACGAUCCAGCAGCCACAGAGGCGGGUUGGCUCAAGUAGGGCCAACGGCUUCGUCAUCUGAUCAAACUGGUGGCUUCUAUCUUGUCCCGCCGGGUUCAUCAGGUCGCAACUUUCAAGAAGCAGAAAAUCCUUUGUCAAAUCGGUUCCAUUCAUGGGAAAGAGAUCGUUUGCCUUCAUUCCCUAUGAGCCAGGUCGAAAGAGACUCCGGUUGGGGGACAUAUCAGCAGGCUGCUGGCGGGUCAGAUACUAGGUCCAGCAGUUUCCGCCAAAGGCAUGGAUCCGAGAGGACAUCUGCACAAAAUCGGUCAUAAAUGUUAUUGCUUUAUCCUUUUCUGGUGAAGCAAACUACCACUAUUAUGCCGAACCAAAAAUUAUGUAUGCUUGAGAAACGAUAUAUCAUGCUUGAAUUCUGUCAGGACUUGGCAGACUCAAGAUACUGUGGAGUGGCCCCAAAAACCAUAUUUUUGGCUGGCCACAUGGUGGUGUGAUGGACUUUGGAUUCCUCUAGUUUGUCUGCCUUUGCGGAUAGAAAAUAAGAUCACAUGUUGGGUGGCAAAAAUAGGAUUUGGUCAGUUAUCUUGCCAUUUUCAUAUCAGUUUGAGUGACCCAUGAUCCGAUUCCUUGGAAUUUCCGGUAUUGCUGGUUAAUGGGUCUCUUAUUUAUGUCCAUAAACAUUGCCUUAAUUCCUUUGCGAUCACUGGUGGAGUUAUAUGGGUAAUGGAAACUUGUAUAAAGAGAUCAGUUUGUGCUGGACAAUUUAUGGGAUAUGCAUUAUUUGGCCC